AAAACAUUCAUAAAUUCAUUACCUUUAAUGCUAAAAUUUAACUUAAUCUUGAACCCCUCGCUUGUAUUUCAUAUAUAAGCACAAUUUGUAUUAGAAAUCAUUUAAAGAGAGACCUCGACAAUUCGUGAGUGGUCCCGGUGAUUCUGUUUUCAAGAUGUCCGCCAGCCGUCUUGCCCGUAACGUGACGGAGGACUACCUAACCUGCACGAUUUGCCUACAGCGUUUCCGGGAACCCCGGACCUUACCAUGUGAGCAUACAUUUUGUCUGUCUUGUCUAGCGAGCCACAUCAGAACCUCCUCCGACGUCAGUGUGUUUGUGUGUCCAGUUGACAAAAAGGAAAUCCAAACUAAUAAAGCAGACGACCCUUGGGCGCGCGCGCGAGCGUUCCCCGUCGACGGCCUGGCCGAGGCGCUGAUCAGGGCGGUAGAGGAGGACACGAGACAGUCCAAUGUGGGUGAGGAUGGGGAGGGACUGGAUUUCUUCUGCUUCGGAUGUCAGGAAAUGACAAGUGCUGAGAACGCGGUAGAAAACCACCGGAAGCCGAGCUGCGACUGCGUCAAUCUCCAGAAGGCUUAUCAACGUGUGAUGCCCGUCUUGAUCAGCUACAGCAGAGAUCUAGAAAAGAUUUAUAUCAAGUCAGAGAAAAUUAGACGUAUCUUCCAGAGUGGAAGCGGAAUUUCUGAGUCUAGGCAAGAAGUACUGAGCGAAAUGGGCGCAUUUGAAGCCAGUUUGGACGAUUUUUAUGCUGCGUGCAAAGCAGAUCUUGGUGCAUUGAAAUCCAAAGUGGCAGAAGUUGAAGUGGUAAAUGACACGGAAAGUGAUAAUGUGCUUCAUGAUGAAAUAGCUAAAAGAUAUUUGGUAUUCAAUAAAAAUUUUGAUGACGAAAAUAUCCCCAAUCUAUUAACAGAAUUCGUUUCAGUCAACAGAAAGAAACAAGAAUUAAAGAAAUUCGAAGAAUCUUUGGAAACCAAACCUCAGAAGUUUCCCUUAGAUUUUAUACCGAACAAGCAGUUGUUAGGCAUGAUACGCAGCAAGGAACGAUGUGGAGUUCUACAGAGGGCAUCCAAUUUACAGUUCAGAGGUCAACAAACAGCAAACGACGAGGAAAGCAAUUAUUAUGACGUAGUGAUGACGGACAAGUACAUCGUGACGUGUGACGGAGAGAGCGGGGCCGUUCAACGCUUCCUGCUGGAUGGUUCUUACGUCGAUUCAAUGAAAGUAGAAAAUAUCUGUCGAAUGACGGCCGUGUCAGACGAUGAAAUAGCGGCCACCCGCUUAUUCAAACGUAAAAUUGCCUACAUCUCACUUGGAAAGAAAAUACACAUCAGAGACCAAAUCAGGACAAAGAAGUCGUACAUUGGAAUUUGUCUGUUGUCAAAUGGAAAUUUCUGCGUCUCUUUUUAUGACGGCGAGGAACCGCCGGGAAUCGAGAUCAUAUCGGACGACGGGAAAGUUUUGAAAACGAUUCUUGGCCAUCGAAAUCCCGCUGGAUCCGCCCCUUUGUUUCUUAUUCCGAUGUUCCUAGCGUCCACGGCUAGCGACAAGAUAAUCGUCUGCGACUUCACCGACUCUAAUCAUGUCAUUUGCUUUGAUGACAACCUCGACCUUGUCUGGUACCAAAGUUUUCCCAGCAUGCCGUGUUGCGUGACGUCAGAUAACGACAGUACGCUUUACGUAUCUUUUCCGGACGCAAACGAGGUUCACGCUUUGCACGAGGAGGAUGGGAAGAAGAUGAGGACGGUGGUGAGGAAGAGUGAAGGUGUUAAGCGGCCCUACGCUAUCACGGUCAACAGCGACACGCUUGUGAUCACUGAAGACGAGACAGACAAAAUACACUUGAUCAAGGUGUGACGUCGGAUCUACUCCGCGGUGUAGUUUUAUCGUUAUACAAGAAGCCACGAAGAUGUAUUUUUUGUCAAGAACAAAACAUUGUUUAUGAAUAAUUUAUAUAAAAAUAGGCGUGCUUAUUUUUCGCCAUGUUGUCGUCUUUUGCCACUCGACGUUAAUAGAGAUUUAGAUGACCAUCAAGUGAUUCGUUGAACGUCGUUUUAGUCUGGGACCAAAUGACGUUUUAGGUGAUGCCAAUCAUAAAGGAAUUCAACCACAAGUUUUAAUGAAUAAAGUGAUACCGCUGAUCAAGAUUUAAAAAUGACUAAUAAAUUUUAAACUUUAUGCACCAUCGUUACUUUACGAAACUGUUAAAAAUUGUCAAAUUUUGCUCAGCCUUUUUUAUCCUAGAUGAAGAUUUUUUGUUAAAAAUUAUUGAAAAAGCUCAAUCUUAACAACGUUUUGGGGCGAUGUUGACAUUGAUUCAAUCUCAAAAUUUGAAUCCUAACGUAGUUCUGAUUAACAAUCGUUUUAUGUUCCAAAGAAACCAAUUUUAGAAGUAAGGAGGUAUGGGAUACCUCCCUUGUAUGACGUAUUUUCUAUCGAAAUGAACGAUGAAUUUCGGCACAAUUUAAAAAAUAAAUGUUUGCACAAUAUUGAUGUCCGAAAUUGGUCAAUGAUCAAGAGUUCGAAUCCCAUUUUUUGCAAUUUUUGACUUUCUAGAAAAUUUAAAUUCUAUUUGUACAGUUUAAAAAUCGAAAACAGUGAUUAUAUAUUGAAUGUAGAGUACUUUAAUUAAUCCACUUUAUUAUCCUAAAAUGUCCUAUUCAACCUGAAUUAAAUUCCAUUCAUUUUCUAGUAUUUCGCUAGGAUUAAAUUUUUAAACCCCAAUUUCUGGAAGGAUUUUAAUUAAUUUCAACAUCAAACUGACAUAUUUUUCUGUAAUGCUUCAUGAUUAAUAUUUGAUGUAGAGCCAUGAAUCCUCUACAAGUACAUGUAGUAUCAAUGGACUAACUAACAAUUGAAAAGCUUUGUUUUUAAUUUAUUAUAAACUAUGUUAUAUAAACAGUUACUAUUGUAUAAACAGCGUAUCACAGUUCAGACAACAUUUAAAUAAAUUAAAUGCUUUGUAAA